UGGUUCUGAGCCUAUGUAUUGGUCAAGUUUCAUGACCAGCAGUAUGCAAUUGGCAAAAGAAUGUCUUAGCCAGAAACUAACAGAUGAACAAGGAGAAGGAUCCCAGCCUUUUGAAGGACUUGAAAAGUUUGCUGAAACCAUUGAAACAGUACUAAGAAGAGUAAAAGUCACUUUUAUAGACACUGUCUUGAGAAUUGAACAUGUGCCAGAAAAUUCCAAAACUGGAACUGCACUUGAAAUUCGAAUAGAAAGAACCAUGUACUGUGAUGAAACUGCUGACGAGUCCUCAGGAAUUAAUGUACAUCAACCCACAGCUUUUGCUCACAAGUUACUUCAGCUCUCUGGAGUGUCUCUCUUCUGGGAUGAGUUUUCUGCAUCAGCAAAAUCUUCCCCAGUUUGUUCAACUGCACCAGCGGAAGCCGAGCCAAAGCUGUCCCCUAGCUGGAGUCCCAGAAUUGUUUAUGAGCCACAUCCACAGCUAACUAGGAGUUUGCCAGAGGCAGCACCCUCUGACCCGGUGCAGAUUGGAGGACUAGUCGGUAGCUUGGGGUUGAGUCUCACAUUGAAACAGAAUGAGGUACUUCCUGGAGCUAAGUUGGAUAUUGAUGGACAGAUAGACUCUGUACAUCUAUUCCUGUCGCCAAGGCAGGUGCAUUUGCUUUUGGAUAUGUUAGCAGCUAUUGCUGGACCAGAAAAUUCAAGCAAAAUCGGGUUAGCUAAUAAAGACAGAAAAAAUCGACCCAUGCAGCAAGAAGAUGAAUAUCGAAUUCAAAUGGAAUUAAACCGGUAUUAUUUGAGGAAGGAUUCCCUCUCUGCGGGUGUAUCCUCAGAGCAAAGCUUUUAUGAGACAGAAACGGCUCGUACACCUUCUAGCCGGGAAGAAGAAGUUUUCUUCUCCAUGGCUGAUAUGGACAUGUCCCAUAGUCUCUCUUCUCUUCCACCCCUUGGGGAACCCCCAAAUAUGGACCUUGAGUUAUCAUUAACUAGUACAUAUACAAACACCCCAGCAGGAUCUCCGUUAAGUACUACUGUGCUUCAGCCAACUUGGGGAGAUUUCCUUGAUCAUCAUAAAGAACAGCCAGUAAGAGGGUCAGCAUUACCAUCCAACCUAGUUCACCCAGCAUCUUUACAGAAGACUGCUCUCCCCUCUAGAUCUGUUUCAGUGGAUGAAUCCAGGCCUGAAUUUAUUUUUAGACUAGCUGUGGGAACUUUUUCAAUCUCUGUGCUUCACAUCGAUCCUUUAUCUCCACCUGAAACGUCAUUGAACCUUAAUCCAUUGACACCUAUGGCCAUAGCUUUCUUUACUUGUAUAGAAAAGAUUGAUCCAGCAAGAUUUUCAACAGAAGAUUUUAAGUCUUUCCGAGCAGUAUUUGCAGAAGCUUGCUCACAUGAUCACCUUAGAUUUAUAGGUACUGGCAUCAAAGUAUCCUAUGAACAAAGACAAAGAUCAGCUUCUCGAUAUUUCAGUACUGAUAUGUCCAUAGGGCAAAUGGAACUUUUGGAAUGCCUGUUUCCGACUGAUUUUCAUUCUGUUCCUCCUCACUAUACAGAGCUUUUAAUGUUCCAUUCCAAAGAACAAACUGAUUCUCACCCCCCUGUGUGUCUUCAGCUUCAUUAUAAGCAUUCUGAGAAUAAAGGACCCCAGGGUAGUCAGGCAAGACUUAGUUCUGUUCCUCAGAAGGCAGAAUUACAAGUUAAGUUAAAUCCAGUGUUUUGUGAGCUGGACAUCAGUAUUGUGGACAGGUUAAAUUCUUUGCUUCAACCACAGAAGCUCACUACAGUAGAGGUGAUGGCAUCACACAUGUAUACGUCAUAUAAUAAGCAUAUUAGUCUGCACAAAGCUUUCACUGAAGUAUUUCUAGAUGAUUCACAUAAUCCUGCAAAUUGUCGGAUAUCAGUACAAGUUGCCACGCCAGUAUUAAACCUUUCUGUUCGCUUCCCAAUACCUGAUCUUCGAUCAGAUCAAGAGAGAGGACCAUGGUUUAAGAAGUCACUUCAGAAGGAGAUUCUUCAUUUAGCAUUCACAGAUCUAGAAUUUAAGACUGAAUUCCUAGGAGGAUCAACCCCUGAACAAGUUAAAUUGGAACUUACCUUUAGAGAACUAGUUGGGUCAUUCCAGGAGGAUAAAGGAGAACCAUCCAUUAAUUUUUUCCACGUGACUAGUGGAGGAGAUGGAGAUACAGCGUCGUCAGAUGACUUUGACUGGCCACGAAUUGUACUGAAAGUAAACCCACCAGCCAUGCAUUCCAUUUUGGAGAGAAUAGCAGCUGAGGAAGCAGAAGAGAGUGAUGGCCACUAUCAGGAAGAAGAGGAAGGAGGCGCUCAUUCCCUGAAAGACGUUUGUGAUCUGAGACGACCAGCCCCGUCUCCCUUCUCUUCUCGUAGAGUAAUGUUUGAAAAUGAACAGAUGGUGAUGCCAGGAGACCCUGUAGAAAUGACAGAGUUUCAAGAUAAAGCAAUCAGCAAUUCUCACUAUGUGCUGGAACUUACAUUACCCAAUAUUCAUAUAACGCUACCUAAUAAAAGCUUUUAUGAGAAGCUUUAUAAUAGGAUCUUUAAUGAUUUGCUGCUAUGGGAACCAACAGCUCCUUCACCAGUAGAGACAUUUGAAAAUAUUUCAUAUGGUAUUGGGCUUUCAGUAGCCAGUCAACUGAUUAAUACCUUCAACAAAGAUAGUUUUAGUCCAUUUAAAUCUACAGUUCACUAUGAUGAAGAAAGUGGAUCUGAGGAGGAGACCUUGCAGUAUUUUUCCACUGUUGAUCCCAAUUAUCGUUCUCGUAGGAAGAAAAAACUAGACUCUCAGAACAAGAACUCGCAGAGUUUUCUCUCAGUUCUUCUGAGCAUUAAUCAUGGAUUAAUGGCAGUGUUUACAGAUGUAAAGCAAGAUAAUGGAGAUCUGUUGGAAAACAAGCAUGGUGAAUUCUGGUUAGAAUUCAACAGUGGUUCGUUAUUUUGUGUGACAAAAUAUGAAGGUUUUGAUGACAAGCACUAUAUCUGCCUUCAUUGUAGCAGUUUCAGUCUCUAUCACAAAGGCAUAGUGGAUGGAGCGAUUCCUUCUACAGAAACACGACUGCCCAGUUCAACCCGACCACAUUGGUUAGAACCUACUAUUUAUUCCUCUGAAGAAGAUGGCCUCAGUCGAGCUUCUUCAGAUGGUGUUGGAGGAGACACUUUGAAUAUGCUCUCUGUUGCAGUUAAAAUAUUGUCUGAUAAAUCAGAGUCCAAUACAAAGGAAUUUCUCAUUGCUGUGGGACUGAAAGGAACCACUCUCCAGCACAGAAUGCUUCCUUCUGGGCUUAGCUGGCAUGAGCAGAUUUUAUACUUCUUGAAUAUUGCUGAUGAACCUGUUCUGGGAUACAAUCCUCCAGCUUCAUUUACAACCUUUCAUGUUCAUCUCUGGAGCUGUGCACUUGAUUAUAGGCCUCUUUAUUUGCCAAUCCGAUCUCUUCUUACUGUUGAAACAUUCAGCGUUUCAAGUAGUGUUGCCUUGGAUAAAUCAUCAUCUACUCUCAGAAUAAUCUUGGAUGAAGCUGCUUUACACCUGUCUGACAAGUGUAAUACUGUCACUAUAAAUCUGAAUAGAGAUUAUGUUCGUGUGAUGGAUAUGGGGCUUUUGGAAUUAACCAUAACUGCAGUGAAGUCUGAUUCUGAUGGAGAGCAAACAUUUUUAUCCUUUUUUCCGUGUCCUGUCCAGACUGAGCCGCACUUUGAAUUACACUGUUCGAGUGACGUUGUCCAUAUUAGAACGUGCUCAGACUCUUGUGCUGCAUUAAUGAAUCUCAUUCAGUACAUUGCAAGCUACGGAGACCUACAUGCGGCUAACAAGGCGGACGUGAAGCCCGGAGCCCCGCAAAGAAAGGUGAAGGUAGAUUCCACUGGUCGGUCAUCCUCACGCUGUCCAGUACUUCCUGAAGCAGAUCAACAAAUAUUACGAGAUUUGAUGAGUGACGCUAUGGAGGAAAUUGACACGCAAGAGGCUGCUGCGUCUGUAAAACCACAGUCUAAUGGUGUUUUGGAUGAAAAAUCUCAAAUUCAGGGGCCGUGUUGUUCAGACCUCUUCCUGUUUCCUGAUGAGAGUGGAAACGUGUCCCAGGAGCCUGGGCCCACUUACGCCUCAUUCACACACCACUUGAUGAGUGAUGCGGUGACAGGCGUGCCCACAGAAAAUGACGACUUUUGCAUUCUUUUUGCACCAAGAGCAACCAUUCAGGAGAAGGAAGAAGAACCAGUUGUAAAAAUAAUGGUUGAUGAUGCGAUUGUGAUAAGAGAUAAUUAUUUUAGUCUGCCUGUUAAGAAGACAGAUACGAGCAAAGCCCCGUUACACUUUCCUAUUCCUGUAAUUCGGUACCUGGUUAAAGAAGUCUCCCUUGUUUGGCAUCUUUUUGGAGGAAAAGAUUUUGGAACAGCCCCUCCUGCUUCUCCAGCUAAAAGUUAUAUUAGUCCUCACAGCUCACCUUCUCACACACCUGCAAGACACGGACGUAAUGUGGUAUGUGGGGGAAAAGGAAGAAACCAUGACUUUUUAAUGGAAAUACAGUUAAGCAAGGUGAAGUUUCAGCACGAGGUCUACCCCCCAUGCAAACCAGAAUGCGAUUCUAGCCUCUUGGAACACCCGGUCUCCCGGCAGGUGUUCAUCGUGCAGGAUCUUGAAAUUCGAGAUCGUCUGGCAACAUCACAAAUGAAUAAGUUUUUGUACCUGUAUUGCAGUAAAGAAAUGCCUCGAAAAGCUCAUUCCAACAUGCUGACGGUGAAAGCAUUGCACGUGCGCCCGGAGCCUGGCCGGUCCCCACAGGAGUGCUGCCUCAGGGUGUCGCUGAUGCCGCUCCGCCUCAAUAUUGACCAGGAUGCCUUGUUCUUCCUGAAGGAUUUCUUCACAAGUGUUUCUACAGAAGUAGAGCUUCUCAUGGCUCCAGAUCCAGAAGUCAAAAAGUCUCCUGGAGCUGAUGUCACCUGCAGUUUGCCAAGGCAUUUAAGCACCUCAAAGGAGCCAAAUCUAGUUAUUUCUUUCCCUGGGCCAAAGCAGCCUUCCCCAAAUGGCAGUGCCAAUUCAGUGCAAGUGGUCAAUGGGGAAGAAGAGAAGGACUUCUCUGCUGAAGAAGCGUCGUUUAGUGAUCAGCCUGUGUUCUUUAGAGAAUUUAGAUUCACAUCAGAAGUUCCUAUUCGACUUGAUUAUCAUGGCAAACACGUAUCAAUGGAUCAGGGUACAUUAGCUGGGAUUUUGAUUGGUCUGGCCCAGUUAAACUGCUCUGAACUAAAGCUGAAGAGGCUUUUCUAUCGGCAUGGUUUGCUAGGUGUUGACAAAUUAUUCUCAUAUGCAAUCACUGAAUGGCUUACUGACAUUAAGAAGAACCAGCUGCCAGGAAUUCUGGGAGGCGUUGGGCCUAUGCAUUCACUAGUGCAAUUAGUGCAAGGCCUGAAGGACUUGGUCUGGUUGCCAGUUGAGCAGUACCGGAAGGGCGGCCGCAUCGUCAGAGGGUUUCAGAGAGGCGCUGCCUCCUUUGGCACCUCGACAGCGAUGGCUGCUCUAGAACUCACGAACAGAAUGGUUCAAACCAUACAGGCGGCGGCAGAGACUGCUUAUGACAUGGUGUCUCCUGGUACCCUUUCUAUCGAGCCCAAGAAGAUCAGAAGGUUCCCUCAUCACCGCUUAGCCCACCAGCCAGUGGACCUGAGGGAAGGUGUGGCCAAGGCCUACAGUGUCGUGAAGGAGGGAAUCGCAGACACGGCUCAGACCAUUUACGAAACGGCAGCCCGGGAACACGAGAGCAGAGGGGUGACUGGCGCCGUGGGCGAAGUCCUGCGCCAGAUCCCUCCAGCCGUGGUGAAACCUCUGAUCGUUGCCACAGAAGCAACAUCAAACGUCUUAGGUGGCAUGAGAAACCAAAUUAGACCAGACGUUCGGCAAGACGAGUCACAGAAAUGGCGCCACGGAGAAGACUGACAUGUCAGACGUGAUUCUUUAUGAAGAUAAUGAGGGUGGAAAUAAGGAACAGAGUAUCCCACUGGCAGCUUUAGAGGGAACUCAUUUAAUUUUAUUGUGCUCAUCUCAGGAACAAAACCAUUUCUUAGUGAAAUAAUUUAGUAUCAAAACAACAUGCAACCAAAACCUUUUGACAUUUUAGGGCUAGUUUGGUACUUGCCUGUAGAAUAGAAAUGUUUGGUGGCUGGUGUCAAAAGUCCAUAAAGCGUUUGCUGCCCAGUUAGUGGAAUGUUUGCUUUUAUUAAAAUGACUCUAAUUUUCCUUGUUACAGACAGCUGUCAUUGGAAACCUCCUUUUACAGUACAGAGUGCUCAGAAACAUUUGAGCACUUUGAAAGCACUAUUUAUGUUGCUCUAAGGAGUUGAUUUUUCUCCAGGUUUGAAGAGAAUCACAGCUUCGAAACUUUCAUUGCAAAU